AAAAUCCCUCCGGCAAGGACGAGAGAUCCUCCAUUCGCGCCCCCGGAAGCACGCGCCCGCCCGAGCGCGGCACCGGCAUCGCCAGGGAGUUCGACAUGAUCGUCGACUUUGACGCCGAGGAGCGCAGCGAGACGGACGACGACGGCAACGCCUUCUUCAGCAAAUCCGGGGUGGACACCGGCGACGGCGGGUACCGAUGCAGGUGGACCGUCACCGGACGCACCGCCAAGGACGGCACGUGGGAGUAUCGCGCGACGCACUGGGAGAAGGCGGACUGGUCCGGGUACAAGGAGCUCGGCGCCGAAAAGUCGGGAUUCGACGACGCCUCGGGCGACACGUGGUGGGAGACCUGGCGGCAGGUGUACCGGCGAGAGAACGGGGACGCAUCGGGUUCUUCCGACACGUCGGGACCCGCGCUCAUCGAGCGAAGCGCGGACAAGUGGGCGAGGGACAAGCACAAGAAGGAGUGGCAGGAGAAGUGGUGGGAGCGCUACUCGGACGCGGGGUUGGUGGAACGCGGGGUGGAGAAGAGCGGCCGGCAGGGCGUGCAGGCGUGGUGGGAGAAGUGGGGCGAGCAGCGCGACGACUCCGACGGCGGCGGCGACGUGAUCAAGUGGACGGAUAAGUGGGCCGAGAACGGCGCCGGGACUCGGUGGGGGGACAAGUGGGAGGAACGCUUCGGAGCCGACGGCAGCGGCAAGAAGGUUGGCGAGACGUGGAGGGUCAACGCGGGCGGCGAGCGGUGGAGCCGAACGUGGGGCGAGAGCGUGGGGUCCGACGGAGAGAUUCGCACGUACGGUCAGAGCACCAGCGGCGAGCAGUGGGACACCACGGAACAGGGGAACAGCUCGCGGGACAACUCGAGCAGGUGGGAGGACGCCAAGGAGGCUGCGGAGUACGGCUGGGAGCAGGCGGUGGCCGACUCGACGCGCAUGCUCGCCAUCGAGACGCCCCCGAGGGAGAAAUGAGCCGAUGACGGGACACGCGAUCGACGGGUGGAGGCGAUUUCGGUCGCCUCGCGGGGUUUAUGCAAGGGAUUCAUUUGAAUGACAGACACUGUAAGUCUU